GAUUUUGAAAUCUUCCUCUUUCUUGCUCUUGUUCUGUCCGGGUUUUCUGUUGAAUUUAGUUUUAUUUAUCGUGAUAGAAGCCCUAUUUUAUAAAGUUUCUCAGUGAAACUCAUUAAAUACACCUUCAAAUGGCUUUAGCCGUGAGAAAGACCGGUGCUGACAUCUUUUCUGUUACAAGAUGGUUUCUUCGGAGAGAGUGCCGUCUGAUGUCGACGCUGCCUGAAAAAGCUGAAGCCCCAGAAGCAGAAUCAGUUCCAUCUGAACCACAGCAGCAGCGUGUGGGCCGCAGACCGCGGAUGUCCAACCCCGCUGUGGAGUUCAGACAUGCUUACCCCGAGUUCCUGCCCGACCCCAACCCCAAGUGGCGUAACUCUCUGCGGGAGAAGCUGGAGAGAGCUGACAUGCUGAAGAGGAGGAGCCAGAUUGAUGUACCUGAGUUUUAUGUUGGUUCAAUUCUCGGUGUGACAAUAUCAGACCCCCACGCUCAGGGUAAAACCAACCGGUUUGUGGGCAUCUGCAUUGAGCGCAAGGGAUGCGGCCUGCGUGCCGAGUUCACACUGAGAAAUGUGGUGGAUCAUCAGGGAGUUGAGAUCCGUUAUGAGCUGUACGACCCGACAAUCCAGAAGAUCCAGGUUCUAAGACUAGAGAAGAGGCUGGACGAGAAGCUGUUCUACUUGCGGGACGCUCUGCCGGAGUACAGCACCUUCUCAUUCGACAUGGACCCGGAGAUCCUGCCCGAAGGCACUCCAGUACCUAUUAAUCCUGUUCAGGUGAAGCUAAAGCCGCGUCCGUGGCUGGAGCGCUGGGAGCGGCAGGAGCUGCAGGGGGUCUCCAACAUCGAGGAGCACCUGAAGGAGAAGGACAGGAAGCGCCGCGAGCUGCGCAAGACACCCUGGGAGGAGUUCGACCUCAUGAAGCAGUAUAGAAAAACUAUCCCUGAGGAAGACCAAAGCGAGAUCUGGGGCGAGGUUUACAACAAGCUACACCAGUUGCAGAUGAACAGAAAGAAGAUGUCCAGAAAACGCACGUUCACCACGCCGAAGACGCAACUUGGUUAAGAUAUCAGUUAUUGUGUAGAUUUGUAGAUAAAGUUAUUAAUAAAAUUAUUGUGUUAUUUAGAA